GAGGCGGCCUGGAACAGCGAGGUGCACUCGCGCGUGCUACGCUUUGCAUUGGAUCCAUAUCGCCGUACGACCGGCGUCUGGUAUCGCGACAUCACGACGGCACGGAUCCGCGACCCGGAGCUGCUGCCGCACUACGCACUCCAUGAGGGCUCCCGCAGCGACGGUACUCCUGGUAAGAGGCGGCGGUUCGGGGACCGUGUCGCGGAAACACUACGACGCAAGGGCGGCGCCAGCAUCAACCAAACGCGUAUGGAUCACGUACGCUAUACACCUUUUACCGUCAGCAUCGAGACGAAGCGCGCUGCCGGGGAAGACAAGGCUCACGUACAGCUGGCGGUGUGGGUGUGGGCGCAGUUUGCUCGGCUACGGCAGCUCGCGCCGGCGGCAAAGUCAUGGCCCGUCCUGCCACUUGUGGUUGUGCAAGGGUACGAAUGGCGGUUGCUAUUCGCUGAAGUGGUAGAUGACGGUUGUGCUAUUCGGAUUCUGCAAUACGUAGUUCUUGGGGCAACGGACAUUGUGUUGAGGGCCUAUCAGCUUGUCGCUUCGUUGAGAAGACUGGCUCGGUGGGUUAAGGAUGAGUACAGGCCGUGGUUUACUCGCGAGGUUCUAGGUAUUUCGUAAUCACUUCACAUUUGUUUCGAUUUCGUAAGGCGUAUUUUUGGUGUGCUAGAACCU